UGGUUUGUUUGAGGGAUAUAGUAGAACGGGAUAUGCAUAUGGUUAAUUUGUUGGAUCUCGAAACCUUUGCGUAGAUUCUCCUUCUUCGGCCGCUGCGGCGACUCGACCAACAGUCGAGGCAGUUCAAAGGCAGUGCCACCAUCGCUGAACCUACAAACCAACAGAGGCGUGUACAAGCCGGGUGAUCCUGUGGUCAUCACUAUUGAGAUCCGUAACAAUUCACCUAGUAGUUCAGGCCUAGGUAUGAACAAUGGUGCGACAACUAGUAGCAAUAGUAGUGGUAAUAGCGACACUGUCGAGUCUUCGCUGUUGAUUGAAAGACUAGCCUUCGAAAUCAAAGGGAUUGGGAAACUGGACACUCAGUGGUUUACCACGUAGAAGUCCUCGCCCGAUUCGAAGCAGCGGAGAGGUGAAUAUGUUUUCAUGGACUGUUCAACAACAUCUCUAGUUUCAAAUCAAAUUAUCAACUAUGGUGCAACUAAAACAUUAUAUUUUCACCUUUCUGAAGGUAGUACGCGCACUUCAGAAUCAGCUAGACAAGUUGUUGCUACUAGUGUUUGCCGAACAACAAGUAGGUGAUGGAGUUUGUGCUGCAUCAGUUAAUUAUCUCCUCCAAAACAAGUAUAUGAGCUUGGGUAGCCUCUCAAACUCCAUUGGUUAUGAUCUUUUGCGAACUAUUCUACCAAGCAUUAUACCAUCAUCUUACAGGGGUGCUACAAUUCGAUAUUUGUAUUAUAUUAGAUGCAUGUUAUCUGGCCAAUCUCUGGUAUUGGAGAAUGGACACUCUCAUGAAUAAUCAAGUACUGAUUUUGCCGAGCUGGUUAGUUUCCUCAUAUGUCACAAUUCCU